ACUCCACCUAGAUUACCUAACACCAGUCCUUCGCAACCCCCGACUGCUUAUCCCCUCUGCCACCAAUCAACGAACGAACUUCUCCUCCAUAGACAAACACGGCACUGAAGAUAUUAAGAGGGAGAGAGAGCUACACCAAGCCUCCCGAGCAUUCGUUUACCUACAGUGCAGCAAUGGCAUGCACAGCUACUUCAACUACUCUCCUCUCAUCGAACCCUAGGGCUUACAUUUCUCCCAAAUCCACCGUUCCAAAACCCUUCUCUCAAAACUUAACCAUUCCUAACUCCUUCAUUGGCCUCCGCAAGCCCUUCCGAUCCCGUGCCCCCCGUUCCAUCUCGGCUCGCCCUUCUCAAUCUCGUCGCAACUUUGUCGUCAGAGCUGGUGAACUCCCCCUGGUGGGAAAUCUGGCACCAGACUUUGAGGCAGAGGCUGUUUUUGAUCAGGAGUUCAUCAAGGUUAAAAUCUCGGAAUAUAUUGGGAAGAAAUAUGUGAUUCUCUUUUUCUACCCGUUGGACUUCACAUUUGUCUGUCCCACUGAGAUCACUGCUUUUAGUGACCGUCAUGCGGAUUUUGAGAAGUUAAACACCGAAAUAUUGGGUGUUUCAAUUGACAGUGUGUUCUCCCACCUUGCAUGGGUCCAAACAGAUAGGAAGUCUGGGGGGCUUGGUGAUUUAAAGUAUCCAUUGGUUUCAGAUGUGACAAAAUCUAUUUCAAAAUCUUAUGGUGUACUAAUACCAGAUCAGGGAGUUGCAUUGAGGGGACUUUUCAUUAUUGACAAGGAAGGAGUCAUUCAACACUCCACCAUUAACAAUCUUGCAAUUGGCCGCAGUGUUGAUGAGACAAUGAGAACCCUCCAGGCCUUGCAAUAUGUACAAGAGAACCCGGAUGAGGUAUGCCCAGCGGGAUGGAAACCUGGGGAGAAGUCUAUGAAGCCAGAUCCUAAGCUCAGCAAGGAAUACUUCUCGGCUAUAUGAAGCCUCUAUUUGUAUUUAUAGAGGUACGUAGAGAGUUUUGUUUUCGUGUAACAUUUUGCCAUUCUUAUCUAAAGAGUUUUGAGCUUCAGCUUCUGGGAAUAAAUGAGUUGAACAUUAUGUACCCUAUGCUUAAAAUUUGCUAAUGCAGCAAAAGCAAACAUAACCUUUUCAUUUCUUCUGCUAAAUGUCUUUGAUUAGAAGGCAUUAAGCAACAAAAUUCUGAACUCACUAUAAGUUGCAUUUACUGUUUAUAAUCCAAAUCAGUCUAGCUAGCAUUCAUUUAGUGGGAGAUUUUCCAUGUGAAUUCUAUGUUG